GUAGAAAUAAUUUAAAGUUAUAUGAUCAGCGCGAAAAAAGACUCUGAAUUUGGGGAUUUCCUCCAAACUCUCCUCCUACCCGAACUGUAUAUAUACACUUCUCCUCUUCCUCUAAUCAUUAUUAUUCCCUUGAACACACGCACAAACUAUGCAUAUAUACACAAACAAAAUACGUACAGGCACUCACACAUACUUGAUAUAUACAUUUUCAGUUGUUAUUUUGGAAUUUGCUAGCAUUUAAUUGAAGUUAUGCCUUUUCAUCCCCUGUAGCUGGGAGCUGUGUCGAUGCAAGCUUAGCUGGGCAUCACCAUAGUUUUCUUCGCCAAAUGCAUAUCUUGAGUUGCUUAGCAGUCUUUGAAACAAAUAAUAAUGUAUGAGCCAGAAUCAGAUGCUGCUUCUUGGGAUCUUUUUAACUUGGACCAAAUCUUCAAUAAUAAUUACUAUGGGGACCACACUCAACAUGAUGUGAAAAUCUGCCGUGAAUGGUAUGCAAGUGAUAGUCAUUGUGAUACAGAGCAUGAUAACAUUGACUCUGAUGAGAGUAUUGCACAUGCUCUUCUUCAAGAAGAAUUAUCACAAUUGUCAAUUGCAAAACCUCCUGAAUUAUCAUGUUCCAUGGAAGACUACUCUCAAAACUCCAAUGUUGUCCCGAAUUGGCAGAGCCCUUCAAGUAACUAUAAUCCUGACUCUGCAGGACAAGAUUGUCUUAGGGAGACUGAUGACGUGGGAAGUUUAUGCUCCAGUCCUGGUGAUAGAUCAUGUGAUGGAGAAGAUUAUUCUUAUACUUUGGAAAUUACAGAUGAGUCAGAGGUUGAUGGAGAAGUUGAAAAGAGGUUAUACCAAAUGGUUCCUGUUCCUCAUGUUCCAAGAAUUAAUGGAGACAUACCUUCAGUUGAUGAAGCAACUUCUGACCAUCAAAGGCUGCUACAUAGAUUGCAGUUAUACGACUUGGUUGAGCACAAAGUUCAAGGAGAUGGGAACUGUCAGUUCUGUGCUUUAUCUGAUCAAUUCUAUCGGACUCCUGAGCACCACAAAUUUGUGAGACAGCAAGUUGUUCAUCAGCUUAAAGCUCAUCCAGAAAUGUACGAGGGAUAUGUUCCCAUGGAAUAUGGUGAAUACCUGAAGAGGAUGUCCAAGUGCGGGGAGUGGGGUGAUCACGUCACACUGCAGGCUGCUGCUGAUUCAUAUGGUGUGAAAAUUCUUGUAUUAACUUCAUUUAAAGACACCUGUUACAUUGAGAUUCUUCCCAAGGACCAGAAGUCAAAAAGAGUCAUAUAUUUGAGUUUCUGGGCUGAAGUACAUUACAACUCAAUCUAUCCUCGAGAUUUGCCCCCUAGUGAUUUUAAGAAGAAGAAGAAGUGGUGGAACUUUCGUAACAAGCAUUAGAAGUAUUUAACCAUAUGAACUACACUCCGAAAGUAUUUAGUUCCCAUUUCGGUUACAUCUCCAUAAUCUUUCUUUGGUUGAUUAUGCUGUAUCUCUGUUUCAGUUGUACAGUUAUCAUGGCGAAGAACUUUAGUACUGUUUUUUUUCCUUUAUCAAUCACUAUAUAUUUUUUCUGUACUCAUAUAAUCAUAUAUUGCAAGCGUGGUACUGUUUUUGUGUGCUUCUGACA